AUGGCCGCAGAUGCGGAGCGCGGGAAUUAUAAAGCGCUAAACCCCGUCUUCACUGUCUGUACGUCAGCUCGAGCUGUCGAGAUAUUCUUGCAGGCUCUUCUCACUAGAGGAGCCGAUUAUGCCGCCACCAGAAACGCCAAAACACUCACUGUUGGACACCUUAAACACUGUAUAGAGCAGGAGAAGCAGUGGGACUUUCUGCGAGAGCUUACGGCCAAGAUUUCCGACGUGACGGCUCAGGAAGACAGCGAGGAGGCCACUGGCCCCAAGAGGGGAAGAAAGCGAAAGGGGAGUCCCCUGCCCGGCUCAUCGUCAGCAUCGGGAGCUGGCAGAGGGAGGAGGAAGCAGAAGGCGACGACAGCGAAGGCAGCAGUGACCGAUGCAGACGAAGCCUCUGGCAGCAGUGAGGAGGGCACGUCCGCUGCACACGUGGCCAGUCGCGGAAUGUUCAGUGAUUACUUCAACAAGGCCUCUUCCUCCUCUCGGAGCAGCUCCGUUGCCAGUGCAUCGCCAUCGGUGGGUCAAAACAGCAGACAGCAAGCUCAAGCCUCCACCUCUUCGACACCCCACCCUCCGACUGCAGCACCACCGUCCCUCCUCUCUCUCCCCUCCUCCUCCCACCUUCCCUCCCUCACACCCUCCUCGGACUCUGCGACCCCUGCCAACGUUGACCUCCCGGCCAUGACUGCAGGUCUUCAUCGACAUUUACCCGGGGCCAGGCCAGCCAACGAAGAGGAAGAGGAGGAAGACUAUGACGAUGAAUAGCAGUCCACUCUCCCCUUGUUAUAUAGGAGUCAUUUCUGGUGUCACGUUUUGUCAUUUUUGUCGUAUUUUUGCCUCUGUGAAAACAUGAGCACCACUAUUGUGUACACACUGUUUUGGCAAUAUUGAGAAAUGAAGUGUUUUGAGUCGAUUUUUGAGUCAAUAAUGUGCAUGUGUGUUAGCGCUUACAAAUAAUUAUAGAAACGGUGAUAUUGUGCGGAUUUGAACAUUUCACACAUGGCGUGAUAGAAACCAUGAGGGGGAGCGAGGGGAGUUCACGUCAACUGUCCACCACUCUUCUCCUCACAGCAUCCCCUGUGCCUCCUCCAUCUCCAGUCCUCUCUCCCUCCUCAAGGUCAGAUUCCAGACUCCUGCAAUCAUCAGAAUAGCACGCACCACAUCAAGCACAACACAGUGUGUAGUGCACUACAAACCCCCGGGACGGGACAAACUUUUAUACAACGGCGUCCUAUCUUUUUCACAGAAUUGAGGGAGAGAAAAACGACACACCUUGAAAUAUGGGACUGAACAACUGGUUAUCGCUGCAGCUGCU